AUGUCAAUAGCUAUUAUGAUUAAUGAAAAAUUUCGUGAACGUGUUCAACCGUGGGAAGCAGUUAAAUCUCGACCCGAACAAUUUGAACGAUUUUUUAAUCGAGUAAUGAAUUUAUGUUUGGAAGGUGAAGAUGUGACAAUCAAAGAGCAAACAAUAUUAAUUAUGUUUCUUGAUCAUUGUUUUAAUAGUUUGGAACUUGAUAUAAUUCGUUCACAAGUGCAAAAAAUUGUUGGUUUAACAAUUUGGACAAAUUUAAAUGAGUCACGACAUGAAAAAUUGAGUGAUAAUGAAUUGAAACAAACAUUAUUCGAACGUGCAUUUCUUCGAAAAUUAAUGGAAAAAUUUCUCACAUUAAUUGAAAAUGUACAAGAAGAGAAAGAUAUCGAUGAAAAGUUUCCACACGAGACAGUCGUCUACUGUGAACGUUUUAUUGAAUUUUUAAAUGACAUUAUUGUUCAAUUACCCACUCGACGAUUUUUCAAUAUUGUUCUCGAUGAUGUAAACUUUGUUGUACGCUGUUUUCUAUCUACAUUUGUUAAAUGUUUACAAAAAAAUGAUAUUGAUAAACAGAAAACAAUGGAUUUUAAUGAAAAAGAAUCGACUAAAAAAUCAUCAUCAAAUUUAUUUCUUAAAUUAUUGAGUAAUUUAAAAUUUUAUUCAACAUUUGAAAUUGAUGAUCAUACAGGUGAAAGUUUAACACAAAAUGAAAUGAUUGAAAAACAUUAUGCUAAUGUAUUAAAUUUACAAAAAGCUAUUUUUAAACAUUUUCGCGAUGAUUUACCAACAUUUUCAUUACAAAAUAUAAAAUCAAUUGAUAAACGAAACAUUCUUAAAGAUGAAUUUGAAAAAUUAUCAAUUGAAAAAUUAUAUUCAAUUGCUGAAUAUUUAUCAAUUGUAUCACCAUCAUCUAAUAAUGAUGAAAAUAGCAAACAAUCAAAAAUGAGUUUAGAGAUAUUAUUAGAAAUCCUUAUAUCUAAACAUGAAAGAAUACAAAGUCAUUUAGAAUUAAUAAAUGAAAUGCCAUUGUAUCCAACAGAAAAAAUGAUUUGGGAUGAAGAUAUUGUACCCACAGAAUUUUAUAGUGGUGAAACAUGUUUAGCAUUACCAAAAUUAAAUUUACAAUUUUUAACAUUACACGAUUAUUUAUUACGUAAUUUUCAUUUAUUUCGUUUGGAAUCAACAUAUGAAAUUCGUCAAGAUAUUGAAGAUGCUGUUAGUCGUAUGAAACCAUGGCAAAAUGAAAGUAUAUCGGAAAAAAAUGAUCAACAAUGUUUAUUUGGUGGAUGGUCUCGUAUGGCACAAUCGAUAACAAAUUUUACUAUUGUUGAAGUUAAUAAAUCAAAAAUUGGACAAAAUCAUCCCAGUCGUGUUCGAGCUGAUGUUACAUUGGUAUUAAAUACUCGACAUGAUAUUAGACAAGAAUGGGAACAAUUACGAAAACAUGAUAUAUGUUUUUUGAUUACAUGUAAAUCAACGACUAAAGUUGGAACACAAUAUGAUUAUCGAAAACCAUUUAUACCACAAGUUGGAUUAACCUAUGUUCGAGGAUGUGAAGUAGAAGGAAUGUUGAAUGCUGAAGGAAAAGUUGUUGAAGAAGGUACUGAUGCAAAACCAGUAUUACCGGGUAGUACAAGAACAUGGCGUGUAUGGCUUGAUCCAAAUCAAUAUCAAUUAGAUAUAGAACAAACAUUAAAUGGUGAAGAAGAUGUUUAUGAUACAUUUAAUAUACUAUUACGACGUAAACCAAAAGAAAACAAUUUUAAAGCGGUAUUAGAAACGAUAAGAGAUUUAAUGAAUACAAAUUUUGUUGUACCAGAAUGGUUACAAGAUUUAAUACUUGGUUAUGGUGAUCCAGCAUCAGCACAUUAUUCAAAUAUGAAAGUAAAAAUACCAACAAUGGAUUGGAAUGAUACGUUUAUUGAUGUUCAACAUUUACGUGCAAGUUUUCCAGAUUAUCAAAUUAAUAUGUCAGAUGAUGAUAAAAUAAAACAUAGUCCACCAUUCAAAUUAACAUUUUGUGAUUUACGUCAAAAACGUGAACAUGCUGGUGAAAAAGUUAUUAUUGUUGAACCACAUCAAAUUGUUAAUCGUGGCCCAUAUCCCUAUAAUAAACCUAAAACAAAUCAAAUUCGUUUUACUCCCACACAAAUUGAAGCAAUUAAGUCGGGUAUGCAACAUGGUUUGACUCUGGUUGUUGGUCCACCCGGUACCGGUAAAACCGAUGUUGCCGUUCAAAUUAUUUCAAAUAUUUAUCAUAAUUUUCCUGAUCAACGUACAUUAAUCGUUACACAUUCAAAUCAAGCAUUAAAUCAACUGUUUGAAAAAAUCAUGGCACUAGAUGUAGAUGAAAGACAUUUAUUACGUUUGGGACAUGGUGAAGAAGCAUUAGAAACAGAAAAAGAUUUUAGUCGUUAUGGACGUGUAAAUUAUAUACUAAAAACACGAUUAGAAUUAUUGAGUGAAGUUGAAAGAUUACAAAAAAGUUUAAAUGUUCAAGGAGAUGUUGCAUAUACAUGUGAAACUGCUGGAUAUUUUUAUUUAUAUAAUAUACUAUCACGAUGGGAAGAAUUUUUAAGCAAAAUUCAAAAUGGAACUACUCAAGCAAUUAUCGAUUUUUUCCCAUUUAAAGUCUAUUUUAGUGAUUUACAAACGGAUUUAUUUAAUGAUCAAUUAUCAUUCGAUUAUAAUUUAGAUAUUGCUCAAGGAUGUUUUCGACAUAUAAAAAAAAUAUUUACACAAUUAGAAGAAUUUCGUUCUUUUGAAUUAAUGCGUAAUGGUACAGAUCGAGCAAAAUAUUUACUUGUUAAAGAAGCAAAAAUUAUUGCUAUGACUUGUACACAUGCUGCUCUCAAACGACAUGAUCUUGUUCAAUGUGGAUUUAAAUAUGAUAAUAUACUUAUGGAAGAAUCCGCACAAAUACUUGAAAUUGAGACAUUUAUACCAUUGUUAUUACAAAAUCCCGAUCAAGAACGAAAUCGUUUAAAACGUUGGAUAAUGAUUGGUGAUCACCAUCAACUACCACCCGUUAUUAAAAAUAUGGCAUUUCAAAAGUAUAGUAAUAUGGAACAAGCAUUAUUUACACGAUUUGUACGUUUGGGUGUACCAACAAUCGAUUUGGAUGCACAAGGACGUGCUCGACCAUCAAUAUGUUCAUUAUAUAAUUGGCGUUAUAAAAAUUUGGGUAAUCUUGAUCAUGUUUUACAACAAAAUGAAUAUCGAACAACAAAUGCCGGUUUUGUGUAUGAUUAUCAAUUAAUUAAUGUUGAAAAUUUUAAUGAUAUCGGUGAAUCGGAACCAAUCCCCUAUUUCUAUCAAAAUUUAGCUGAAGCAGAAUAUGUUGUAGCUGUUUAUAUGUAUAUGAGACUAAUUGGCUAUCCAGCAGAGAAAAUAUCUAUACUAACGACAUACAAUGGACAAAAACAUCUUAUACGCGAUGUGUUGAACAAACGAUGUACUAAAAAUCCAUUACUUGGACAUCCAUUAAAGGUGACCACAGUUGAUAAAUAUCAAGGGCAACAGAAUGAUUUUAUAUUACUCUCAUUGGUGCGUACAAAAGCUAUUGGUCAUCUUCGAGAUGUUCGACGUUUGGUUGUUGCCAUGUCACGUGCUCGUCUUGGAUUAUAUGUAUUUGCACGUGUUAAUUUAUUUGAAAAUUGUUUUGAAUUAACACCUGCCUUUCAUAAACUAGCGAAACGACCAACAAAAUUGUAUUUAUUACCAAAUGAAACUUAUCCAAGUGUUCGAGAGGAAGCAAAAGAUCAACUUAUCUUACAUCAAGCACAACUUGUUGAAAAUAUGCCACAGAUGGCCGAUUUUGUGUAUAAUUUAUACAAUCAAAAAUUAGUAGCAUUACAACAAAAAAAGAGACGAGAAGAUGUAUUACGGUUUAAUUCUGACACCAAUUUACCGUAUGAUCCCACUCAACCAUUGAUGCAAGAAACUGGUGAUUCCUUAACAUCAAAAUUAGAUCCAUUAUCAACGGAAUACAUUCCAUCUCAAGUAUCUGGUACAAAAUUUGAACAUGAUCCAAAUCAAGAGAGUAGUACAAUUGAAAAUCGAGAUGAUGAAGAUGAUGACGAAUAUGAUCCAUCAAAACCAUUUUUAUCUACGAAAAAGACAUCAUCAACAAUAUCAAUCGAAAAACCAGAUGAAAUGGAAGAAGGAGAAAUUAGUAUAAUAGAUGACACCGAUAAUAAUAAAGAAGUACCGAUGGCGACGGAAGAAGAUAUAAAUCAAUCUGCCAUAUUCAAAAGUGUUAUGAGUGCAAAUGAUGCAGUCAUGGAUACGGAUACAAUCCCGUUCAUGGCGACAACAACUGAAAACCAAGAGAAGAAUGAUCAAAUAGAUACUUAA